GAGUGAGUUUUAAUAAAUAACAAUAUAACCUAAAACGCACGGUCGAAGUCGUCGGAUUUGAAUAGUAUUGAAUUAUUUAUUAUAAAUUUGAUGGCUUUUUCGCAACCGAACGCGAGAGAAUUGCAGAAUAGAAAGAUCUUGGAGGAGCUGCAACUGAAGAAACAGAUGCUUCUGAAGCAGGGAGUCGCACCAACCUUGAACACGUCGUUAGGAGUCGCGUCAACUGGUUCUGCGUCAAAUAUAGCCACACAAUCUAACGAUGGCGUGGCAAUGAGCGCCUCCCAGAGAGCAGCAUUGCACAAUGCACACGCGGCUUCGUUCGGUUAUUUCGUCACGCAGGACUCGUCCUUUGGAAAUCUGAUACUACCGGUCCUCCCUAGAUUCGACAAUAAAUGAGUCGCCUCUCCUCCGAGCGUGUAUAGAUGCGUAUUGACAAUUGAAUGUUACUAAAGACUAUAUGCCAAUAAUAACGUUAACGAGAAUCGACAUUCGUCGAGGAA